AUGUUCCGUUGGUUAGCUGGAACGACAGGCUCUGCCGUGGAGUUCGGUCCUUUUGUGCAUGGCUUCGGCACGGUGUGUUAUGGUCAUCUCAAUGAGCGGUUGCGACUAAUCUUCGACAUACACCGAACGAAUGUGACUAUCACAGACACCGACGCCAAAGCAACCAAUCCAGAGAUCACUCAA